AUGGUCAACUACGGCGUUUCUCGUGCCUGCGAGACAUGUAGGAACGGAGAGAGAAGAUCGGGGAGAGUCUGUCUGGGGUAUAGGAGCAACGAUGAAUUACGCUUCCACCACCAUAUUGUUACCAUGAAUGUGCCUGUGCAAUCGUUCCCAAUAAGCGAGGGUUCAAUCGCAGAGGAUGCAGUUGGUUUCUUUCUGAACCAGUAUGUUGUUUAUUCGACAGAUCCUCGAGUUUCCCGCGGGUUCUUGGAUGGUUUACCCUCCCUCCUCUCCAACGCCCAUCGCUCCUCAAACCUUGUCCAAGCCGUCGAGAUCGUCGCUUGGACGAGCAUAGGUAUUCAGUUAGCUCGGCCUGAAUCCCUAGUGAGGGCAAGGAGAGAGUAUGUCCUAUUACAGUCCUGCCAAACACACGCGCCCACCGUGGAGGCACUAGUAAUUGCCAUCCUACUUGAUCUGUAUGAGAUUGUCAGUGGUGGUGAAAUUUCCUCUGAACAACAAAGCAUGUUGCCCAUGUCCGGGGAGUCUAACCCAUUAGGCACACUUCAGGAGCUGCAAACCACCCUUGACUGUGCGCUUGCAAUAGAACUUGCCUUCUCGCUCUGGAAUGUCAACCUAGACCCUUCGUGGAAGGCUCAUAUAGUGGGCCAUAUCACCCAGACAGAUGCCGAAGCUUCAUCAUGUCCAUUUGCUCGGUCUGACCCAGUUCAUACCUAUUUUGACAUAUAUGUUGCAGCUGUCAUGAACACAUAUCGGAAGACAUACUUGAUGCUAUUGGAUAUCUCAAUCCAUCUCGCAUCUCGAAUCGAGGAGUCUAUCCAGACAAAUAUUGUGAUGGGAUGGGAGCAGCAGGUGCACAUUCUGAUCAACGAUAUCAUUGCGUCUGUUUUAUACCAUCUUACUAAUAACUUGCACGAUUACCUGCAAGCAAUUAUCUCAUCUAGCAAAUCUCCAGGGAUUGGCCGCUCUGUGGAAGGCUUACUACUGUUGCACCAUUUAUAUGUGCUCUCUACUUGCUCAAUUGUGUCUUCGCUCAUCCGUAGCUACGCAAGGAAGUGCCCUGCUUGGAGUUGGCGGCACAUGAGGAUUGGACAGGGUACACUUAUGUCCAAGCAGAGAGAAAAAAAAAAGCCUCUUCCAAGUGAAAACCGAACAGCACAUGCUCCUAACAAGGAGGGAUGA